GACGGACCAACCUGAUGUCAGGAUGGGAAUGCCUUGCCUGAAGCAGUUCGCCCGGCCGCUGGAUUGGACCGGCAUCGAGGACGGCCUCCGGCGAUAUGCAGAGCUGGUAGAUAGUGGCGCAGCUGGCGGCCAGCAGGCCAUUCCGCCCAUGAUGCUUCGGGUUCCCGGUGAGCCUCGGAGACAUCUGCGCGCAAGGAUGGCAACUCUAAGCUCGCCUUUUGACCGCAACGCGCCCGGUCAGCCCAUCUACCUCUACCUGCACCUGCAAGGAUUCCAGGUGCCCAGACGACGGCCGACGAUGCGGCUGGAGGGUGUUGCUGAGCACCUCGUUGGAGCAUCGCUGCCCCCUAAGCCGGAUGAGAGGCACCUUCCUGGCCAAGAGCAAGAUGACCUGAGCCCACCAACUGCGGCCCCAAAGCGGAAAGCUCGACAGCGAAGG